CGGUGGUCUAGAAAGGCGGUGUUGGUUUUCAAUAAAUUUCGGGUCCUCCAAAGUCCACAUAGCAUAUUCCCAUUUUUCAAUUUUUUUUCUCCACACGCUGCCUGCUUCUAGAACUUUCUCCAAUGGCCUCGUUCGAUGAAGCACCUCCCGGAAACCCCACCGCCGGCGACAAGAUCUUCAGAACCAAGUGCGCUCAGUGCCACACCGUCGACAAAGGCGCCGGCCACAAACAAGGACCCAAUCUGAAUGGUUUGUUUGGAAGACAAUCCGGGACAACUCCUGGAUAUUCCUAUUCUGCCGCUAACAAGAACAAGGCUGUGAAUUGGGAUGAGAAAACCCUGUAUGAUUACUUGCUUAACCCCAAGAAGUACAUCCCAGGGACAAAGAUGGUGUUUCCUGGUCUUAAGAAGCCUCAGGAUCGUGCUGAUCUUAUUGCAUAUCUGAAAAAGGCCACUUCAUCAGACGAAUAGAAUUUUCGUAUGGUUUUCAAACAUGGAGACUUAAUUUCAUUUUCAUUCGCACAUUUGAUUGUGGUGUAAACCACACUUAUCUUGGCAAAUAAAGCAGACUUGAUUAGUUUGCAGUGCUAUUUUGUUCCUUUUGCAUUGCAUUGCUUUGAUAGGGUUGCGUAUAUUGGGUGUGGACUUAUAUUAAGAUAUUGGUUGUUGAAAGUUGAAACAUUCUUAUCAAUUUUUACUUGAAUGGAAGCAUACUUUUGUUUUCA